AUGCAGGGCAAUAUUGCCAAAAACGUUGCUCCGGAAGGCGAGCGAGCCUACAGCGCGCAAGGAGUGACUGCUGCUGCAGUAGACGAUUCUCGCCGAGAAACGAUUUCCAUGCAGCCAGAACAAGACGGGUCGGAAGGAGCAAGCAAGAAGAGGGAGCUUUCCGAUGUGGGCCCGGCCGCUUUGUCUAUGCCCUCGACUGUGAGAACGCCGAUUCUAGCCAGCGAAAUGGGACAAACGACCUCCAGCACCGUGACUGCUGGCCCAGCGCGGCUUUCGGAAAGAAAUCCGGAGACCACAACGGGUUCAAACGCCGCGCCGGCAAUAUCGCAAGAGGAUCCGGUCGGUCAGAUGAUCGGUCGUGGUAACUUGCGUUGGAUUGCCGAGCGCAUUACCUCCGGCAGCGCAACCACGGUCGAGAUGAUAUUCAAUGCAAUAAAUUACUCUGUCGUUACAACCGGUGUUGGGGAAUUCGAACUCACUGCAGAAAAAACUUCUUCUCAUCCCUAAAUACGUUGAGAGCCUCCCCCAAGCUGUUGUUAUGUUUGUAUUAGAUUGCGGCAGGUACAAAACCAAAAGGUAGAAAAAAAGUACGCAGUGCCGCCUGCAGAUCCCUCGAAUGCUUUUGGCUAUACAUGAUCACCGCACAGCUUUGAGAUUGAUCGGAGUAUCAUGAUGACUCCAGUAAAGCAGUAACGGUAUUCGUAUUUUGUCGUUUUCCUCAACACUGGCCGCUGUCAGGACGUAGAUAUUUGCAAUGGAUAUCCGGAGCGCAUUCGCAAUAUUGGAAUCCGCCUGAUCAGCUACACGUCCGACAAUCUGGAGCGGUAUGCCCAGCAACUACACUCAACGAAUAGGUGGUCCCCUCGAGAAGUGCUUCAUUUGCAAUAAUUGCAUCCGUACGAACAAAAGAUGCGCAUCACAACACUCACUUUGUGUGCCGCUGGUGCGGCACAAAGAAAGAAGAAGACCAAGACACUCUUUGAAGUAGAAAUGCAUCACAGACAGAUGAAUUCCCAGAUUCAGACGAGAAGGUGCAGGUGGUGGUGGACGGUUGGCAAUAUUAAGCGAGUAGAGUCAGCGACUCUAUUUUUCAUUUAUUAAUAUAUAUGAUUUGAUGAUGGCAGUUUGUUCAGUUGGACUUUAUUCAUGGCACCUGCAGAGGACGACGACCUCAUCACGUAGUUUUUGUUUUCUUGCAUAAGCGCGCCCGCGCACGGGAAAAGGCCCUACUGGGAAAGCGGGUACGUGCCUCCGUGCGGUCGGCAGGUGGGCCAUCGAUUAUGAGCACCAGUGCGAAGCGCGCAUCGAGUAGUUCGCACCGGAACAUUCUUGGAUCCGGCGCUGCGUCCGUUGCGUCCUCCGCCGCCUCACGUGCCGCCAAGCCGGGCGUUUCGGUCGCAACGGCUGCGCGCCUGGCGGCCGCGGCGCGCAGUUUCGAGAACCCCGAGCUGAAGUUUCGCCCGGACCUGCGGCUGACCAAACAGGCGACGGAAAAGCUGCGGCAGAAAGUGGAAAGCAGCGCGGAGUGGUUGGCCCGGCAGAAGGAGGAACACCAGGCGCGGUUGGAUCGCCGCAAGUCGGCCAAGCAGGAGCAGCAACAGGCCGAAGUCAAGGCGGCGAAGGAAACCGCAAAUGCAACCAAGGUCAGCCGCGGCAGCGUGCAGAUCAUCACAGAGACCAACCGCCAAGAUCAACUGCUGGAUAUGCAUGGGAAAAGCCUCGCACUAGUCGUAGAUGUUGUAGACCACAAAGACAUUGCAUUGCAAUAUGAAUAUAUCUUCAGAUGAUAGAACGAAAAUAACAGAAAAUCUGGAGUCGUGGUAAAUUAAGUAGAAUGAAACAGAUUCAGAUAUGCCGUCGUCGUGCUGUAUUGCAAUUAAAAAUGAUACAACGAGUGCGAUACUUUUGCAGAGGAUACUGGCCGACGCACAGCAAUGGGUGGAAAAACGCCGGGAGACGCUCAAGUACGCCUCCGAUUUAUCCGCUGCGAAAACGUCCCGAUCUCAAUCUGUGGUCAAAAUCAGAUAAGUCUACGUACUAUAGUAUAUGUAUCAGUUCUAUUUGUAGCUUGUAGCUGUACGCACAGAAAGGAGUAGGAGCUGCAUGGAUGUGAUGAAUCGUGCAUGGAACAUCAAAAAGCGUGGGGUCGUGGGGACGUUUUUUCACAGGAUACGACUUCCACCCAGACAAGGUGCAAGCGGAGCGCGAGGCCGAGCGGCGGAGCAAGUUGGAGAUCACCGACGAAAGCCAGGAGCGGUUCAACCAACUGUUCCAGCGGCAGAAGGACCUGCUGGCCGCCCGGCAGGCUCGAAUCGAUGAGUUGCGUAAGCAAAAAGAGGAUGCGCUCAUGGAGGCCUGCACGUUUCAACCGCCUGCGUCCGGCCUUCUCCCAGCCUAUUUGCUGAAAAUGCGACACGCCGACGAUCCCGAGACAGAAGCAGGUAGUACUGGUGUGCUAGAUAGUAGUUGGAAAGGAAGAUUGAAAUAUACAUUUUGUCGCCCAUAGAAGAUCCUGUCUCUGUGCUGAAAAAUAGUGUGGGCCGUUGCCGUGUUCUAUUAGUUUAUAUUUUGUCUGUGCGCGCGCUCCCAACCCCAGGGCCGAUCUCUGUUCCGAUCAUGUUGUUGAUCUUUUGGCCCUUAUGUCAUUGUAGUGUCUUUUUCCAGCAACCCUGCCAAGGUGUGCUCAAUCGGAUUUCCAUUGCGGCACAGAAGUUUUUUACUCUGCACAAGUACAUCUCUAAAAUCCAAUUUGGAAUUUGUAUGCAUUUUCCUAUUCCUGAUAGAUUCGUCUUGUUUUCAAAAAGAAGUAAAAGCUAUAGAAAGUGGCCGAGCUGCAAAAAGAAAAAUCGUUCACGAUCCCCCAAGAAUCAAAUUUUAUCAGGCGGAGCGCAUGACCAAGACGUUGAAACCGGUGGAGCCUCAAGUCUGCGCGGUGAUUCAGCGGACUCGCGACGGGAGGCUGCGCGCUACCUGGAGCACACGGAGCGGAGCAAAGCCCGCAUCGCACACAAAGUGGACAGUCGCGAUUACGAGGAUAUUGUCUACAAGGACGCGCACCGAAAGAGAAACAGCAAAAGUAGCAGAUCCAACCGAGGCGCGUCCGCAACCUCAUCGACAUCGAAGCGCCACUCGCGGUCUUCUCCAGACGAGACUGACCAGGACCAAGCUGGCACAAACCCUGCAGCUGCACCUUCGCAGCAGAUAGGGCAGCAGACCCUCCAGAUGACCUCCGAACGAGCGGUGGAGAAGAACGUUAAAAAUGAUCUUCAAGACAUGGAUCCGACGGGUAGUACGACGAGUACUGGACAAUUACAAACCGGCUCGGUUGCCCUGGAAGAUCCUUCCGGAGUCCUCGCUAACGGUGUUGCUUCAACAACUUCCAUUCGGCGUGAAAGCGAGACAGGGAACGGUAACAACGGCAGCAUUGUACUGAACAGCAGUAGUGCUGCUCAGAAAAUGCAAAACUCGUCCUUGCAGCAACUACCAGUUGAAAGUGUAGCGGCUGCCGGUGGUACUGCUGGAAGCACCACAGAAAGAAUUGCGGCCAUGAAUAGUGUCGAAACUACUACUUCUACGCCUCCGACGACCGGCUUGCGGAUAGGACUAGAAUCUGGCGUCGACCGACAACCAGCAGGAGGCCUGGAGGCAGUAGUAUCGUCAACGCCACAACAGCAACUCCCGCAAGAUCCGGAGUCGAGCGUUCUGGCCGCGGAUCCGGAGCACGAACGGCCCGAAGAUCUCGAGAUGAAUCCGGAGCAGGGCGACGCCCCCGCGGCGGUAGGCCCCGAGCAACACCGGCCGCAGGAAAUCCCCGAGAAUUUGUCUUCCUAAAACACAACGCACUGAAAGAAAAAAUUCCUUUUUCAUCUCGCUCGUGGUCCCGUUGUCUGAAGAGCGACAAGAAAACUAGCUGCAUGCGAAAACCACUACCAGACCGCAAGAGGGGUCUAGGUGUAGGUCUAGUAUGUAAAAAUAGGUUGAUACCUCAAGAAAAGUAAUAGCGACCGGCAUUGCCAUUGCAUUCACGCACCAUGAAGUAGAGAACUAUGUUCUCGUUGAGAUAAAACCCCUAAACCUAAUAAAUUUGAAGUACCACAUUCAUUAUACACCCUUUCGCUUUCAGUUUCCACAGCGCUCCCCUCUAAAAUAAAAAUUGCCAUUUAUCUUCCUCGCUGUACAUUAAGUAUCGCGCUUUACUCUCCACCGUGUACUUGCUCACCAAUUUUUCAAAAUCUGAAUCGUAAUCAUCAAUGUAGUUGUACUUGUAUUUGUACUAGAGCAAAGAAUAAAGAUGAAAUGUAAGAGAAUGUAUCAAAUUUGUAAUCGCCCCCACCAGUCGGGCAACCAGGAGGAAGGGAAGAAGUGGGGAACGUUUCAUCUUUGCGCUCGUGACAAAUGUAAUGCAAUCAUGUACUUUUAUUCUUUGUAUGAUUACACUUACGACCAGUUCUAUUUGUGCUAGAGCUACAGCUAUUGUACAUUCACCCAGCCUCUUCCAACAAAUUUAUUUUUGAGCUUUGAAAAUCAAAUUUUGAUUUUCAAAGCUCAAAAAUAAAUUUGUUGGAAACAGAAACAGAAACGUUUUGAAAACGUUUCUGUUUCACUUGCGUCAGAUACAAGAUGAAAAAAAGUAUGGGGCUGUAAUUGGAUCCCGAAAGCUGGUCUUCGGUGUCUUUUUGUUCUUGGAUGUGCAGGUGUCUUGUGCCCAUGGCUUGGUCGUGCUGGUGCAGCUCAGUCGUGCGUUACACCCAAUGGAAGAUGUCUUACUUUUUGCAUUAUGAUUAUAUAUAGGCACGUGUACUGAAG